AUGUCAACCCCAUUAACCACCUAUCUCCGCAACCUCUCCCCAACAACCCUCACCACAGCAACCACCCACCCCUUCCUCACCUCCGCCGGCCACGGCACCCUCCCCAAACCGAUUCUCUCGCAAUGGCUCGCCCAAGACCGGCUCUACGCCCAGUCCUACAUCCGCUUCAUCGGGCUGCUGCUCUCGAAAAUCCGCAUCCCAACACAUAACCCCAACAGCGCGAAGCCACGCACACCCACGGCCGAGCAAAACGCCGCAAGCACCCUCAUCGACGCGCUGGUGAACAUCCGCACCGAGCUGGGUCUGUUUGAGUCCGUCGCGGACGAGUACGGGCUGGAUUUGUGUGCGCUCCCCGAGGCGUUUGGGUCUGCGAGUGCGGGGCGUGAACAGGGUGAGACGGUCUUUGGGCCGAACCGCAUCACGCAGGGGUAUGUGGAUAUGUUCAUGUCGGCGGGGUCGGCGGCGACGACGCUGCUGGAGGGGUUGGUGGUGUUGUGGGCGACGGAGGUGUGCUAUUUGCGGGCGUGGCGGUAUGCGGCUUCGUUGAUGAGUGAGCAGGAGGGGGGGAAUGAUGCGGAUGGAGGGGCGUUGAGGGAUCGGUUUAUUCCCAACUGGAGUAGUGAGGAGUUUGCGGGGUUUGUGAAGAAGAUUGGGGAUUGUGUGGAUGAGUUGGCUGGGCAGGUCAAGGGGGCUGAGGAGACGGAGAGGCUGCGAGGACGAUGUGCGCAGUGGUGGAGGCAGGUGUUAUGGUUGGAGGAGAGGUUUUGGCCGGAGAUUGAGGCUUGA